ACAAAAACACUAGCUUAGUUCUGCCCUGGGACUUUGGACGGCGGGCGGGGGCGCGCGAGCUCCUCUCCGGCAGAGCCGGACCCGCCCUCUACGGGCAGCUGCCAGACGUGGCUCCACCCUCGCAGAAGGUUGGCGAGUCGGCCGGGCGCCAGGCUGGACCUGGGGGGCGGGGGGCGGGUCUGGAGGCGUGACGGGCCCGAGCCAAUGGGCGAGGUCGGUGCCUGCGACGUCACGGCCAAUGGCGCGGCAGCGCGGGAGUUUCAAGUCGCUGUCUCCGCCCCGCCGUGGGGAAGACUGAGCCUAUAAAGGCGGCCGGCUCGGGCCGGUGUCAGGUCCCCGUGUGCUCCUCGUCUGGGUGUCUUCCGUCUCCGCCAUGGCCCGUACGAAGCAGACCGCCCGCAAGUCCACCGGCGGCAAGGCCCCGCGCAAGCAGCUGGCCACCAAGGCGGCCCGCAAGAGCGCCCCGGCCACGGGCGGCGUGAAGAAGCCGCACCGCUACCGGCCCGGCACCGUGGCGCUGCGCGAGAUCCGGCGCUACCAGAAGUCGACCGAGCUGCUGAUCCGCAAGCUGCCGUUCCAGCGCCUGGUGCGCGAGAUCGCGCAGGACUUCAAGACGGACCUGCGCUUCCAGAGCUCGGCCGUCAUGGCGCUGCAGGAGGCGAGCGAGGCCUACCUGGUGGGGCUGUUCGAGGACACCAACCUGUGCGCCAUCCACGCCAAGCGCGUCACCAUCAUGCCCAAGGACAUCCAGUUGGCCCGCCGCAUCCGUGGGGAGCGAGUGAAGCAGCGGCAGCGCAGUCUAGCCUCCGAAGCCGUAGAGGGUGCGGCCCUGGCGCUUGAGAGCGUACACCACAUCCAUGGCGGUGACGGUCUUGCGCUUGGCGUGCUCAGUGUAGGUGACUGCGUCGCGGAUGACGUUCUCCAGGAACACCUUCAGCACACCACGGGUCUCCUCGUAGAUGAGACCAGAGAUGCGCUUGACACCACCGCGCCGAGCCAGGCGGCGGAUGGCAGGCUUGAGAUGACACAGACUUUGGAAAGCACUGAUGCUAAAAAGACAAAAGACCGGAGAAAGAGAAAUUUAGAGAUGAGAGGGGAGAGCGCUGCACUGAAGGGCCCGGAGCUCCUGUUAGGUAAAAACCGCAGCAAAAGUUCCAGUACCCAGCGUGACAAUCGAAAGCAGCGGAUCCGGGAAUGUGUGUGGAAGGGAAGGGUCGCCGGAGUUUCUGAGUACAGUCGCCUGUUCCAUUGGUAUAGACACAGUGUUCAGAUCAAGCAGAAACUAGAUCCUAGGAAAACCGAGGAUGCCGCGAUCCUUCUCACCGAGGCGUCUGCAAGCCGAAGUCGCGAAAGUAUGGCCCGUACGAAGCAGACCGCCCGCAAGUCCACCGGCGGCAAGGCCCCGCGCAAGCAGCUGGCCACCAAGGCGGCCCGCAAGAGCGCCCCGGCCACGGGCGGCGUGAAGAAGCCGCACCGCUACCGGCCCGGCACCGUGGCGCUGCGCGAGAUCCGGCGCUACCAGAAGUCGACCGAGCUGCUGAUCCGCAAGCUGCCGUUCCAGCGCCUGGUGCGCGAGAUCGCGCAGGACUUCAAGACGGACCUGCGCUUCCAGAGCUCGGCCGUCAUGGCGCUGCAGGAGGCGAGCGAGGCCUACCUGGUGGGGCUGUUCGAGGACACCAACCUGUGCGCCAUCCACGCCAAGCGCGUCACCAUCAUGCCCAAGGACAUCCAGUUGGCCCGCCGCAUCCGUGGGGAGCGCGCUUGAGCGCCCCGUCUCCCUUCCAUCCCCCACAAAGGCUCUUUUCAGAGCCACCUAC